AUGUUAGAUUUAGGAGAAUCAAUUAAUGUCAUGCCAAAGUCCAUAUAUGCUUCUUUGAAUUUAGGCCCUUUGAAAGAGACUGGAAUAAUAAUCCAACUGGCUAACCGAACCAAUGCAUACCCCGAAGGGUUGAUUGAAGACGUUUUGGUUAAAAUUAAUGAAUUAGUGUUCCCAGCUGAUUUUUAUGUUCUUGACAUGGAGGAUGAACAUUCCCAUGACCCGUCGCCUUUAUUGUUAGGCAGACCCUUUUUGAGUACCGCUCAAAUCAAAAUUGAUGUUAAUAAGGGUACUUUGUCUAUGGAAUUUGAUGGCGAGAUUGUGCAUUUUAAUAUCUUUGAGACCAUGAAAUACCCAUCUGAUUCAAAUGUUGGCUCUGUUUUCUCUGUGAAUGUUAUUGACCCUGUGGUACAAGAGAUUUUUGAAAUUGAAGGCAGAGAUGAGUUGGAAGUCGCCUUGACUAGGCACUUCGAGUCAGAGACGACCUCUGGGGUGGAGUUGAGCGAAGAGUUCAAAUGUGUGAUUGGAUCACUACAAACAUUACCGCCCACAAGGUUAAGGUACGACCUCGCACCCAUUUUCAUCCCUGAACCUCACCAAAGGCUACUUGCAUCUGUGGUGCAGGCACCUGACUUGGAGCUAAAAUCGCUGCCAAAACAUCUAAAGUAUGCAUACUUGGGUGAGGGGGAGACACUCCCAGUGAUCAUCUCCACGAGUUUAUCAAAAGUCCAAGAAGACAAAUUAAUUCGGGUUUUGAGGGACCAUAAGCAGGCGAUAGGAUGGACCAUCGCCGAUAUUAAGGGAAUUAGCCCCGUGAUGUGCAUGCAUCGAAUUCAACUCGAGGAGGGUGCUAAACCUGUGCGGCAGGCUCAGAGGAGACUAAAUCCCCUCAUGAUGGAGGUAGUGAAGAAAGAGAUCCUGAAACUGCUGGACGUCGGAAUUAUAUUUGCCAUAUCAGAUAUCCCCUGGGUGAGUCCAGUACAGGUGGUCCCGAAAAAAGCAUGGAUAACAGUGGAGUCAAACCAAGAGGGUGAGCUCGUACCAGUUCGGAAGCCCACCGGGUGGCGACAGUGUAUAGACUAUAGGAAGCUAAACACCGUCACGAAAAAGGAUCAUUUCCUUCUCCCUUUCAUUGAUCAAAUGGUAGAGCGAUUGGCAGGUCGAGCUUACUAUUAUUUUUUGGAUGAAUUUUCAGGUUAUUUCCAUAUUGCUAUUGCACCCGAGGACCAGGAGAAGACCACCUUCGCGUGCCCAUUUGGAACAUUUGCAUAUAGAAGGAUGCUAUUUGGGCUAUGCAAUGCACCUGCUACCUCCCAACGAUGCAUGAUAAGUAUCUUUUCAGAGUAUGUUGAAAAGAUUAUUGAAAUUUUUAUGGAUGAUUUCAGUGUGUAUGGGGAGAAUAUUGAUAAUUGUCUAGAUAACCUCAAAUUAAUUUUGGUAAGGUGUAUAGAAGCUAAUCUCGUGUUUAAUUGGGAAAAAUGUCAUUUUAUGGUCGAACACGGCAUAGUUUUGGAUCAUGUAGUGUCAUCCAAGGGUAUUGAGGUUGAUAAAGCGAAAGUAGAUGUUAUAUCUACUAUACCUUACCCCGCGAGUGUGCGGGAAGUGCGUUCUUUCUUGGGUCACGCAGGUUUCUAUAGAAGAUUUCUCGAAAAUUGGAGCACCCCUGUUCCAACUGUUGCAAAAAGAGGUGCCCUUCGAGUUCAACGACGCAUGUAA